AGCAGGUGUGAGGACCGGUCAGGCAGGAGGGUCCCACCUGCUGCGAUGGGCGCGGCGGGGUGCCGAGCAGCGGGCAGCCCACACGUCCCCAGCCCGAAGCAAAGGCGUGACGACCGUAGGCAGCCCCCCUCCCUCUGCUGGCUGACCCCACGAUCCUGGCCCGGGGUCCCAGGCACCCACCCACCCGGCUGGAGCAAACCUGCCCCACCCGGCUCCCCAGAGUGUGCGUCAGCCCGGCCCCGUCGUCCUGGUAACAGGGCGUUGCCCGGCAACCAGCCUGCCUUCCACCCUACCCCCUACCGGCGGUUGCUCUGGGCGACGCAGGUUCCCUUGUUGGCCCUCGCCCACUUGCAGUCCAGGCCGUUGGGCCUGGGGGCGGGAGAGGGAAGCGAGGAAGGAAGUCGGAGAAAUACCGGGGGUGCCCAGGAGGGCGGGAGUGGAUGCAGCUAGAUCCUGGAAUCUCCACAAAGGGCGCGCCCGCCUGUUGCGAGGAGGCUGGGACUACAAUUCCCGGCAUGGCUCGCGGCUAUUGGCCAGCUAGUGUGCGGUGGUGGCUUGAGCAGCAGCCUCAUGGGAGUUGUAGUCCUUUCUUGUGAGGAUGCUUGCGGUGGGAGUGGGCGGGCGCAAGCACUUGGGUAUCUACAGGAAGGACCGUAGGACCCCAGAGCCAUGUUUCCUGAGCCCCCAACUCAAGGGUCACCAGUAUCCGAUGCGCCUCCAGAUUCCAGCCGCCUCAGCCAUGGUCCAGUGCCUCCCUGGGCCCUGGCCACCCUCCUGCUGCUCUCUGGCCUCCUCCUCUCCAGCUGCUGCUUCUGUCUGUACCGGAAGCGAUGUCGCAGGCGGAUGGGCAAGAAGAGCCCAGCCCAAGCCCAGGUCCACUUCCAGGAAGUGAAGGAGCUGGGGCGGAGUUACAUAGACAAGGUGCAGCCGGAAGUGGAAGACCUGGAGCCAGCAGCACCCUGUGCGGGGCAGCAGGCAGCGGAGAAACACACGUUGGGACGGCUGCAGUAUUCCCUGGAUUAUGACUUCCAGAGUGGCCAGCUGCUUGUGGGCAUCCUGCGGGCAGAAGGCCUGGCAGCCUUGGACCUGGGUGGCUCGUCCGACCCCUACGUGCAGGUGUACCUGCUGCCAGACAAGCGGAGGCGGCAUGAGACCAAGGUGCAUCGGCAAACACUGAGCCCUCGCUUUGAGGAGACCUUUGCCUUCAAGAUUCCUUAUGUGGAGCUGGGGGGCAGGGUGCUGGUCAUGGCAGUGUACGACUUUGACCGCUUCUCGCGCAAUGACGCCAUCGGUGAGGUGCGGGUCCCCAUGAGCUCUGUGGACUUGGGGCGGCCGGUGCAGGCGUGGCAGGAGCUGCAGAUGGCUCCGCGGGAGGAGCCAGAGAAACUAGGGGACAUCUGCUUUUCCCUCCGCUAUGUCCCCACGGCUGGGAAGCUCACCGUCGUCGUCCUGGAAGCGAAGAACCUGAAGAAGAUGGACGUGGGUGGGCUCUCAGAUCCCUACGUCAAGGUGCACCUGCUGCAGGGCGGCAAAAAGGUGCGCAAGAAGAAGACCACCAUCAAGAAGAACACGCUGAGCCCCUACUACAACGAGGCCUUCAGCUUCGAGGUGCCCUGUGACCAGGUGCAGAAGGUCCAAGUGGAGCUGACCGUGCUGGACUACGACAAGCUGGGCAAGAACGAGGCCAUCGGGAGGGUAGCGGUGGGCGCGGCAGCGGGCGGCGUGGGCCUGCGGCACUGGGCUGACAUGCUGGCCAACCCGCGGCGGCCCGUCGCCCAGUGGCACUCGCUGCGGCCCCCUGACCGCGCGCGGCACCCUUCGGCACCCUGACCGCCUCACCAAGGCCACCCCUCUGCCCCAACCCCCUCACCAGGGGCCCCACCAGCCCUGCCUCCGCACCACUGCCCACGCCCCUCUGGCUGCGCCCCACUACACCCCUGGGGCGUCUCCUGCUGUGACAAUCAGCCCUGCUCUUCCUGCACCUGCUCCACCUGCUCCAGAGGCCCAAUACUCAGCAUCUCCCACUGGUUGGUAGGCUAGGAGUGGGGAGCCUCAGCACCCCCUCGUCUCUCCAC